AAAUCAGUGAGCCAAAUGAACGGCUCUUUCACGGAUGCGAUUCGUUUCCCAACAAAAAGAGCCGUUUAAAAAGAACCUUUCGUUUGCGAAAGUGCUUGCGCGCAGCUUACGUGCACACAGUCCACUUCAUGCAGUUGGUCAUUUUUGGAGAGGUGUGCUCUUCCUGUGUUGCGGAAGGGAGUCUUUGAGAGAUAGAGAAUCAACAGUAAUACAUAUUUCACACUUUGCCUGUUUACGCUCAACAUGGACCAAAAAGACACCGAAAUGAAUGAGAAGGGAGUUACUUCUUCGACCAGUGGAGUUGUGGUCCAAGUAAGAGAGAAGAAAGGACCUUUGCGUGCAGCUAUUCCAUACAUGCCAUUCCCAGUAGCUGUAUUAUGCCUAUUUCUCAACACAUUUGUACCUGGUUUAGGUACGUUCGUGUCUGCCUUCACGGUGCUGUGCGGAGCGCGGACAGACCUGCCUGACCGCCACAUGUGCUGUGUAUUUUGGCUGAACAUCGCGGCAGCCUUCAUCCAGAUCCUCACAGCCAUCAUCAUGGUGGGCUGGAUCAUGAGUAUUUUCUGGGGCAUGGACAUGGUCAUCCUGGCAAUUUCUGAUGGCUAUAGGGAUCAGAGGGUUCCCCAGCAGGUUUAAGGCUGGCCCAGCCCAGCUCAACGUGAAGCCUUGAUGUACAGUUGUCUCCUAUCGCAACAUCCCCCUGGGGGAGAGCCAAGGCAGGAUGAUAUUCACAGGCUUAACCCCACCCUACCUACUGUACCAUAUCGCUUACUGCUACUACUGCAGCUGCAGCUCCCCUUCACAGCUCAGUGGUAGAAUGAGGAGCACGUCAACAUUGAUGGAGAGGUGUUUUCUACAUGUGCCCAAAGUGUCCUGUGAAGAAAAUAACAGAAUGAAUUAUGAAUAUGUGCUAACUGUAUGUACAGUACUAUACCGUGUGCUAAGGACUAUCCAUCCUGUCUGGGGCACUAAUUCAGUUUUCAGGGGUCUUUAUGAAAAAAAUGAAAUGUGCAGUUUAUUCCUCUGUGUAUGUUAUCAGCUGUUCAACCACACUCUUAUUAUGACUAGUAGACUUCAGUAGACUGAAGAUGGUAUCAGUGCCUGUCAAGUCCGCCAGGAUUGUAUAGUAUGUGAUGUUAUUAAUGGUCCAAUGCCACCGUUUUUAUCUCAAUAUCAAUUAACUACCUUACUGUUAUAGUUUUCCAUUAAAAUGGUCAAAAAGAAACAAAAAGGGCUUCUUAGCGAAGGGCAAUUACUCAAGCAAGAAUUCCACUAGGACUGUCUGGGAGUGGUUUGAGUAGGGAGGGGAAAACUGAAAAUUAGCUGUUAUUGGCAGAGAGGUU